AUUUAGCAUAGAAAAGUAAACGAAGAAUUUCGCACCAUGUAAACAAGUAUGAUUCUCUCAAAAUCGUUCAAUUUUGGCUAAAGUUUAGAAAAUUCCUGUAUAUUAAGAUAGACUCUAACAUUUUGCCAUGGGAUUCGUUCAACGUGCUCUGUUUACUUGGUUCAUCUUGUUAGUGUUCCUCAUAUUGCUCUGUCUUCGAUUGGAAAACCGUAUUAAUUGGAAUUGGUUUAUCGUAUUCAUUCCGCUAUGGCUCUACGAUACUAUACUAAUUACUUGGGUGAUUAUUGAAAUUAUUCAGCGUCAGCACGCCAACCGACUGAUUUCUUUCCGGCACUAUAAAUAUUACGUAGCAGGAAUACUGCUAAAAAUUUUGUCACAGAUAUUCAUUUGUCUUAAAAUGGAAUACAAUUCAAUGCCGCUAUAUGGAAUGAUGAUCCCUAUAUGGUGUUUGGUGUCAAUGCUAGUUGUCUACAUAGCUAACAAUUUGCAACCCAAGCCACGUUCGGCAGGGUCGAACAAAAGCAAUCGACAAACGGUGACUGCUUCGUCCUAGGGGUACGUCCGGGUGAAACUAUAAGUUUCACCAUUGUCCAUUAGCUAAUACAUAAGGUUAAAAUACUAAAUUAUAGUAAUAGUACAAUAGUAAUAAGCAGUAGGACCUAAUAGAAUUAAGAUAAUUGUAAUGGAAAAAUAUUCAAAACUAGGAUAAAGUACAAUUAAUGCGAUUUAACAUCAUUAUAACAUUUUAAUUAAACGGGACCUACCAAAACUUCCCUCUUUGCAUCAAAUGAAAUUCCGCAAAUUAAAACCAAAGUCCUGGCAUUACAUUCCUUUUGUGGAAUUUGGCCUUUCUGUUUCAACAGACUUCGCAGCCGAUUCUUAGUGUACAGAAUCAUUGCAUGGCUAGUACUAUGGAUCCUACUGACACUAAGAAUCCUUCCAGGAAGGGGCGCAAAUUAAACUUGUUUUGAAAAGUUAUUUAAAUCG